CGCCGGCGCUGCUGACGUGUCUGCUCCCUCCCCGCCGCCGGGCCCGCCAACAUGGCCGCAGCCCCGCUGCCGGACCACCGGCUGCUCCUCGCCCUGCUGCUGCUCCUGCCGCUGCUCCUGUCCCCGUCGCCCCCCGCCCUCUGCGCCGCCGCCGGGCCCGACCUGGGCCGCCGCUUCGCCGAGCGCAAGCGCUGCGCCGACCCCGAGUGCAGCAUGUUAAUGUGCCGAGGGAAGGCGAUGCAGGAUUUUAAAGGUCCGGAUUGUCGCUUUGUAAAUUUUAAGAAGGGAGAAGCAGUGUACGUAUAUUACAAACUAAUAGGAAAAUCAACUGAGCUGUGGGCUGGAAGUGUUGGAAGCGAUUUUGGAUAUUUUCCAAAGGAUUUACUUGAAAUAAACCAUAAUUAUUCCAAUGAGGAGCUAGAAUUACCAACAGAUGAAACAGAUUUUGUUUGCUUUGAUGGCGGAAGGGAUGAUUUUGAUAAUUACAAUGUGGAUGAGCUUUUGAAGUCGUUGCAAGAGACGACAGCAAAUGAAGGGGACACUGAAUCAAAUGAUCCACAGACAAAACCAGCUGAAGGAAUUGAAGGGGAUGAGGAGAUUGAACAGGUUGAUGAAGUGAAGUCCCUUAAUGCUUUGGAGACAGACAAUCUUGAGCUAAGCACAGAGGAAAAGGAGGCCCCCGCCAUGACAGAGGAAGUGGACAGUUCUCUUACAGAAGGAACUGAAAAUACUGGGGGAGACUCCAGUGUCAAUAGUCACGAAGAAAACUCUCAGGGAGAUCAAAUUGCACAUGAGCACUUGAAAGGAAUGCUACAUGGGAAACUAAAAGGGCUAGAAAGUGAAAAUACCAAAAACACUAGUGUUCCUCAGGGUGAAACCAGUCAACUUGAUGACGAGGAUGAAGAAGUCAAUGCCUAUACACUUUUAAACAGAGAGCUCUCUGUGAACUUGAAAACAAAAUUUGGCUCAACUGCUGAUGCUGUUGUAUCAGAUGAUGAAGUGACUCGACUUGUUACAUCGCUGGAAGAUGAUUUUAAUGAAGACUUGAGCAUUAAUGCUCAUGAUGCAGAGGAGGAACCAGACUUUACAGAUCAGUCUGAAGAAAUCCCUCUGCUGUCUUUUAUGGCAGAGGAAGAAAUUACAUCCCCAGUGGAUUCAGAAGAUGAUGAAAACGAUGACAUUGAGUCACAAAGUCAUGAACCCGAUGAACAUGCAAAGGGUGCUACAGAGCUAAAUAACCAAAGAGAUAAUGAGGAAGAACCUGAUUCAGAUGCAUUAAUUCUUAAGGAUGCCUUCAGUAAGAGCAAGAAGUCAGGUGACAGUAUAAGUGUGGACAGGUCCGAAUCUAAACAAACAAAAGAGAAACAAGAUGAGGUAAUGCUCAUUAAUAAAAGAGAAGCACCAGCAACAACUCAACCUGAGGUUCUCUUCAAAGAACACCUUAGGAAGGAACCUGUAGGUACAGGUGAUCUGGGUUCAAAAGAACAAACAAACAAAACUGAACAGUUUGAAGAGCAGCUCAUGGCUGAUGGAACUGAGACAAGUACUGAAGAGCUGAAAAGUAAAGCUGUGCCUGAUCCUCGUGUUUUGCCUAGUCCAGGAGAUGAUCUGGAGUCCAAAUCAUUUGUUAAAAGCAAGCAAGAUGCUUUAAACCCAUCCAUUGGCAAUAGCAACAAAAGUCCAGAAGGAGUGCCGUUUGCUCGAAUAGAGAAAGAUGAGAAAAAGUUUGAGGAUGAUACCUUGGAAGAGGUCUUGGAAAAUGAUUUCAAGCACAGAAAACGAUGGGAGAAAGCAAAGAAGGGAAGAGCUGAGAACAAGCCUGUUGAUGUUCCAGCCAAACCAGUGGAAGAUGCAAAAAAUGCAUCUCAAAGUGACUUAGGAGAUACUGACCUAUUGAAAGAAAAACUGGAGCAUGGAAUGACCACUGUGGAGAAAGAGCCUCUAAGACAUGAAGAAGAUUUGAAACAAACAGGGGAGACUGAUGAUGAAAAUCAAAAAACUGCCUCUCUUAACAAAGAACCUGAAAUAAAAUGGAGAAACAUGAAAGAAACCCCUGCAGGGGAGGGAGACGCAAGCCGUAGAGGAGCUGUCGAGCAACCUAGGCCAUGGGAAAAUGAGACUGAGUAUUCGGAGGUAGAUGUGAAAGAAGAGCUUUCAAGAAAUCUUGGCAAGAUGACAGUAUUUGAAGAAAGCAUCGAGAAAAGUUCCCCUGAAGAAAAAUCAAGAAGCACUACACAGAAUACUAAGACAGAGUAUCUUACUCUGCAAAGAACUACUCAUACUGAGGAUAGAGAUUCAGACAGAAAUCUUGGCACAAAUUUAGCUAAAGAAAGAACACCAAGACCAGAAUUGCAAUCUGAAGAGCCAGAUGCUAAAGACGAUCCUGACCUGAAACCAGUAGAAGAAGAGCUACUGGAAGAUGAGAAUGCUGCAAGUGCAAAGCUGUUGCAAGCAAGGGCUGCAAAUGUACAAGGUGGCACACUAAACGUUAAAAGUACAAAUCCUGAUUUAGAAGUACCAAGUGAAGCUGUUUCGGGAACUGCAAACCCUAUUUAUGAAACAGGAGAGGAAAUAAACACAAUUUCUAAGGAGGCUAAAAAAACAGUCAGCAUGCAAGAUGCAAGCCAGACUGGGAACAAAGAGGCUGACGUACCAGAGAGUGAAGGUGCUGAAUUGGAUGAGAUGGAACAUGUCAUGAAAGAUGAUAAUGAGUCUUCUGAAGCUGAGGAGCCAUUAGCUGCAGAACAGCAUAAAUUCCAAUUUCCUGAUAUAGAAGACAACAAUGACUUUAACCAAAGGGAAGAUCAUCUUCCAGAGGACUUUUCACAGAAAGACUCAAAAGAGGUACAAAAUUUAGUGCAUACAAGAAAUGACCACCAGCAGUCUGUACAUUUCUCCAGCCCUGCUGACAGCUCAGCAGCCACAGAUGACACUGUAACAGACUUCAGCGAGUCUGUGAAGCAGCUCACAAUAAUGAGAGACUUUCUUGAUGAAAAGCGUGUAAUACGUCUGCAAAAGUACCUUGGACGUCAACAUGUGGUUAGGGUGGAAGCCAUGUUCCACGACAUGAAGGUAGAGAUGGAGCUUGCUCGGAAGGCAAGCCAUAAUAAUGAAGAUACAGAAAAAGCUUUGGACCAGAUACUUGAGUUUUCAGAAUCAAGCAUUAUGGAUGUUGUAGGAAAAGUUCUGGAUUCCAGAGUGGCAGAAAAUAAAGAGGAGGUGGUGAAAGAGAUGGAUUUGUAUGAUGAGGAGAGUGCGCUGAUGGAUGAUAUUCAAGAGCUAAUAUAUUCUUUAAGGAGUAAAUAUUCAUCUGCUAGUGACAGUGUUCCACUUGCAUCCAUUCCAGAACAGGAGGAUGAUCUGCUGCACUUUCAAGAUGGUGCAAAAGAAGCUGAAUAUUACAGAGUUUCCAUCAGAAACCCCAAUGCCAUGGAUGAGAGCAAUCGAGAAUUUCAGCAGCUUGAAGACAAGAGGCCUGAACAGCCUGUUGAGGAGAAGGAGGAGAGGGCUGUUAAUGUUCCACCUGUGCAUGAGGAGGCAAACUUCUCAGAUAGUAGAGAAGCUGAAGAAGACUAUGAUAUUGAAAGAGGAUCACUGCUGGAAGAUACUUCCUUUGGGUCAGUUGAUUCAAGACAGAGUGCCAGGGAAGAUACAGCUGCAGGUGUUCCUGUGAGGAGUGCUGGAAGCCUUGAGAAGAAUCAGGGCAGAUGCUGGUCGAGCCUCUGCUCACAGGAGCUGUUCCACAGUAUACCAGCAGGCUGGGCAGGCCCCGAGGCGGCGGCGGGGGGCGCCGGGCGAACGGCGGGACGCGGGGCGGAGGCCGGCGCCUCCUCACGGGGAGCCCUGGGCCCGGCGCGGGAGCUGCUGCGGCGGUUGGUUGCUACCCUGCCUGAGGAAAUUCGUCCUGGGCCUGAUUUCCAUGGACUUCCAUGGGAGCCUAUUAUUAUCACUGCCUUAGUGGGAAUUGCCACGCUUGCUAUAAUUUUCUGGAGAACCUGCCUUUCAGUAAAGAGUAGAAUAUAUCAAGUGACUGAAAAGCAACUUGCUGAAAAAAUUAAAAACCUUCUGCAAGAAAAAACAGAAAUCUUAGAAAAGAUGUCAGAAUAUGAUCAAAAGAUAAAGGAAGCAAAGGAAUCUGUGAAAGUGGCCCGAGAACAACAAGAUGUUCUCUCUGAUGAAACUACAGGGCUUAAGGACACUGUCAAAGGGUUGGAAGAAGCAAAUCGUCAGCUAGAUGACAAAGUAAAAAAUCUGCACACAAUGCUUGAAGCGGAGAGGAAAAAGAAUGAGAAGAAACAGAACAAGAUCUCUGAAACUCAGAAGUCCCUGGCGAAACUUCAAGAGGCUAUCAGUGUGCAUUCUGUAGAGCUUUCAGAGGUGCAGAUUGCUCUUAAUGAAGCUAAACUAAGUGAAGAAAAGGUGAAAUCUGAGCUUCAUCAUGUGCAGGAAGAGAAUGCCAGACUGAAAAAGAGUAAGGAGCAACUGCUAAAGGAAGCUGAAGGUUGGAGUGAGAGGCAUGCUGAACUCACUGAGCAGAUCAAACUGUAUCAGAAAUCUCAGAAGGACUUAGAAGAAGCACUUGCCUACAAGGAAAAUGAGAUUGAAGUUUUAACUAACUGCAUUAUGCAGCUGAAGCAGCUCGACAUGGAUUCAGCAUCUGAGGCCGAGAAGGAUGGCGAAGGGUGCAAAUGGGCUUCAGGAGACGAUCUGGCCAACGGCGAGUUGCCAGAUAAUGAGAGUGAGAAGAUGAAGUCUCAGAUUAAGCAGAUGAUGGAUGUCUCCAGGGUAAAAACUAUGUUAUCCAUAGUUGAAGAAGACAGAAAUCUUCUGCAAUCCAAACUGAGUGAUGAAGUAACAGCAAGACAUGAGCUGGAAGAGCAAAUAAAAAAAUUAGAACAUGACUCGUGUUUGCUCCAGUCAGCCAAAGCUCGACUGGAAAAUGAUUGCAAAACAUUACAGCAGAAAGUGGAGAUUCUUGGUGAACUGUACCAGCAGAAGGAGAUGGCACUCCAGAAAAAGCUAACCCAGGAAGAGUAUGAGCGUCAGGAGAAGGAGCAGAAAUUGUCUGCUGCAGAUGAAAAAGCAGUGCUGGCCAUCGAGGAAGUGAAAGUUUACAAGCAGAGGAUCCAAGAUAUGGAAGAAGAAUUGCAAAAAACAGAGAGAUCUUACAAAAACCAGAUUGCUGCUCAUGAGAAGAAGGCACAUGACAAUUGGCUUAUUGCCCGCUCUGCCGAGAGAGCUCUGGCUGAAGAAAAAAGAGAAGCAGCCAACCUGAGACAAAAAUUAAUAGAAGUAAACCAAAAAAUUGUCAUGCUUCAAAGACCAUUGAUUGUAAAGCCAACUCCAGGCAGACCUGAUCGCCCAGUCCCACCACGACGAGGGCCCUUAAGCAGAGAUGGCUCUUUUGGCCCGUCACCUGUGAGUGGAGGAAAUCCAUCACCCACCCAGAUGAUAGAAGUUCCUGCUCGGCCCCUUUCUGCUCCUCGGAGGGAAGGCUCGAGGGGUGAAUUCGGUUCCGUGGUAGAUGGGCCCCCUGUUCCACGAAGGCCACCGGAGUUACCUGGAAGGAUGUCUGUACCUGAUCUUGGGCCUGCUGUAGCAUCCCUUAUCAGCAGCAGGCCAAGAACCUCCUCCCCUUCCACAGGAAUGGAUGGAGUGCACCCCUCUCCCAAAGAGUCUGAAGCCCUCUGUGUAACUACUGAUUCACCUUCAUCUGUUGAACCAGCUACAGCUAAUGCUAGUCCCAAAGGUCCACCGUCUUUCCCGGCCGGGACACCCAUCAUGACCUCCCCGGUGAUGGGACCUCCGCCUCCGCCGCCUGUUCGCUACGGACCACCGCCAGCCCCUCUCCGUGGGCACUUUGGGCCUCGACCUCUCCCCGUGCCCCUAGUUCGUGGUGCUCCUUUGCCACCUCCAGCUGCGAGAGAUUUCUUACCUGGCCCACCCUUAGGAAUGAGAGAUCUGCCUCCUGGCCCGCUACCGCCGCCUCCAGAUCCCAGAGGCUAUGGACGUGGGCACCCGCCUUUUCGACCCCUCGGUCCUCCUGGCCCAAGAGAUUAUCCUCCAGGCCCGCGGCUACCCCCGCCUGGCCCGAGAGACUAUACGCCGCCUUCUAACAGAGACUUGCCUCCAUCGGGACCCAGGGACUACCCUGCGGGCCCGCCGCCGCCAGGCGCAAAGGAUUACGCACAGCCUCCAGCCCAGAAACCCUAACUGCAGCGUUCGGUCAGCAGCUCAACGGAAUGGACUCCAGCGCACUUCCUGCGGUCAGGAUUUUAGGAAAUGACUCUCUGGUGGAAGCCAUUUGUCUCAUUUCGGUAUAUUUCAGCUUUUGUGGAUUAAUUUUUAUCCAAUUGCUACAGACAUCUUAUGUGCAUUUAUGAUCACCUUAAACUCAUCCAUCCUCUUGGGCUGCAAGAACCUUUUUGUGAUGGACUUGAACCUACUCUAAACGUGCAAUAGAAAGGGAGUACCUGUGUGGCUAGUUUUAAUUAAAUGUAGCCUCUGUAACCAGUUGGUGAAUGAACUAAUUUCGUGAAAAAUGUAAAUCAAAUCAUUUCCUGUGGAAAUAAUUUUUUAAGUAAAAUGCUAUUCUACCUGCCUUCUCCAUCACAUCAUUAAGCUGCAGUGACUGUAGGCCAGGGGUUUACAUGAGGACUGAAAGUUGGUUGGGUUUUGGUUUUUUGUUGUUUUUUUUUUUUU